CGGUAUUCUGUAAUCUUCGAACCAGCGCUCCGUGAAGUGAGAGCAGGGAUUGCUCCCCGAGCCUCUCUGGGAGAUCCCUGUAACCUGAUCUCGGGCUUAGAGCCGGAGCUGGGAGCCUGGCGGUAAAAGGUUCGCAGAUCUCUGUGCAAGAGCUUCACAAAAUGAUCAACUUCCAGGGAUCAGUGACAUUCCAGGAUGUGGCUGUGGACUUCACCCCAGAGGAGUGGCAGCUGCUUGACUGUGAUCAGAGAACCUUGUAUUGGGAUGUGAUGUUGGAGAACUUUAGAAACCUCAUCUCAGUGGGGAGUCCAGUUACCGAAACAAAAGUGAUCUUCAAGGUGGAGCAAGGACAAGAGCCGUGGGUGCUGAAGGGAGAGAACUCACACUGGAGCUGUCCACAGGCUGACUGCCCAUGUGUUGAUGAAUCAGAGAAGCACCAGGAAAGCAAAGACAAUUUUUUGAAUUCAGUUUUGUUCACGUUCACUAAAAUUCUGACUAUGGAGAGACUCCAUGGUUAUAAUAUGAUCACAAGUCUUAAUCCUACAAGAAAAAAAUCAUAUAAAUGUAAAUCAUAUGGGAAGAGCUUGCAACCUACUUUAGACUUACUUAAUUAUAAUAGAAGUUAUACUGGAGAAAACGCUUAUGAAUGCAAUGAAUGUGGGAAAGCCUUCAAAAAGAAGUUUCAUUUCAUUAGGCAUGAAAAAAAUCAUACAAGAAAAAAACCCUUUGAGUGCAAUGACUGUGGGAAAGCCUAUAGCAGGAAGGCACACCUUACAACUCAUCAGAAAAUUCAUAAUGGAGAGAGACCCUUUGUGUGCAGUGAUUGUGGGAAAGCGUUUAUGCAUAAAGCACAACUGGUGGUCCAUCAGAGACUUCACACUGGAGAGAAACCUUAUGAAUGCAGUCAGUGUGGGAAAUCAUUCACUUGGAACUCUUCCUUUACUCAACAUGUGAAAUCUCAUACACUCGAGAACUCAUUUGAAUGUAAGGAAUGUGGGAAAACCUUCAGGUACAGUUCAUCCCUUUAUAAACAUUCUAGAUUUCACACAGGAGAGAAACCCUACCGAUGUAUCGUAUGUGGCAAAGCCUUUGGCAACACAUCUGUGCUUGUUACACAUCAGAGAAUUCAUACAGGAGAGAAACCUUAUGGAUGUAUUGAAUGUGGCAAAGCCUUCAUCAAGAAGUCUCAUCUCCUUAGACAUCAGAUAACUCAUACAGGAGAAAAGCCUUAUGAAUGUAACAAAUGUGGGAAAGCAUUUUCCCAGAAGUCAAAUCUUAUCGUACAUCAGAAAAUUCAUACAUAAUACUCACUUUAUGAAUUUGAAAAAGCCUUAAAUAUUACUUAAAUCUUAUUAAAUAGCAGAUAAUUCAUGGUGAGAAGAAAUCCAUCAAUUUGAAUGAAUUUGGAAGAGUAGAUCCCCAUAAAAAAUAAUCAAUGCCAAUCAUGUUCUGGAAUUGAUAAAGUUUUCACAGAAAAGAUGACAGAAAACAUUGAAUUAUAAAUAAUAGAGCAUAGAGCUUGGAAAGUAAGCAUAACUUAAUCAAGGAAUCAAUACAUUUACCAUCUCUGAUUUUUUAUUUUUAUAAUAAAUUAUACAAGUGUGAGUAUAAAAUAUGUUUAUACAUUAUAUCUAUUAAGUUUCUGCAGUAAAUAUCACCAUUUUUUUCUUCCAAUCCUAACAAUACUAUGCAAGUGAAAAAAUGGUUAAAUAUAUUGUAUGAUAUAUUUCAGUAAUAUUUUCAUCCAUUUGCUGGCACUUUUAGUGGGCAUGGCAAUGUUACUGAAUCUGAGAGUCUCGUCUUUAUAAAACUCAUUAUAAAAAUGUUUUCCUAUGUAUGUAAACACCAAAACAAAAAAAUUUAACAAGAUGCCAAUUGAGAGGGGAAAAGCAGUUGUAUUCUGUAUUACAGUAAGUAUUUGUUGAGGAAAAGAAGUAUUUAAAUAAGUAUGUAAAUAAGACAUUUGCACUCAGAUAUUCCUGUUUUUCAUUGGUGUAUCUACAUAAGAUGUAAGCAUAGCUCAAGUAGUAUUUAACUGGGGUAUCAUCUGUAUUUGAUUUUAGUAAAGUGGUGUCAUGAUACUUUGCAACUUUCAGAGAGCAAGUUUUUGAGUCUGGUUUUUGGGUUUUUUUGGUAAGUAAUUGAUACAGGUUUAGCUUCUGGGGUGCCUGGAAUUUUCCAUAUGACAGCAUAGGCAGCAUUAAUCGAGUUGCAAAGAGCAAGUUUUUCUGCUUAGCAACUUCACUUUGGGAUAUGACACUUUUUUAAGUUCUCCCUUAAAAGGAUGAACCAUCCAUUAUUUAAGCUCAAGUUUUUAUUGCUGUCUGCAAUAUUCCUUGAUAAUGUCAAAAAAAUCUUUAUGCCUUUUCUUGAGUGAUGACAAAACAGCUUGAACCUAAAUUCAGGAAUCAAGCUUCUUCCUUUCAGCUUUAAGCUCAGUUACAACUCUGUUGCAUUGUUUUUCCUUCAUUAGCCAUUUUUUGAAGAGUAAUGUUGAGUAAUGAUUAUAAAUAAAUGAUAGUGCUUUUUUGAACAAGCAUACUAGAACUUAAGGAUCUAAAUUAAAUCUUGUCUGCUGACAAAGAGUCUUUGCUUGACCAAACUUUAGUCAGACUCCUCAGGCUUCUCCUGGGCCCAUGUGUGCACCUCCCUGUAAAAUUUAGUUUUAGCAAGAACCCUGCUAAUUCACUCUAACCAGAACCCCCACUCUGGAUAGCUGAUCAGUUCCUUCAGGUGACGUGUGAUCACCCUGGCUUGUCUUCAGCAAGAAUUCCAUUAGGUUGAUUUAGCCAGAACCUUUCUUACCCCUGAUGUUUCCUUUAGUAAUUUUCCAUCCCUUCCCCCCACCCUGCUCCUUGGCUAUACAUUCCCACUUGCCCAUGCUGUAUUUGGAGUUGAGCCCAAUCUAUCUCCCCGACUAAAAUCCCAUUGCAGUGGUCCCUAUACCUAUUGUGAUGGUCCUGAAUAAAGUCAGUCUUGCUAUCUUUAACAAGGAGGCUACAUGCUACUUUCACUUCUGCAAUCAUUCCAACAGUUUCUGGAACCUUCUUGCUUUUGGAAUUGUCUUCAGAAUCAGUUUGCCAGCUACCCAGGAAAUUCUUCAGGUAUUUAUAGUCACAGGACUUGCAAUUUUUGUGUGUGUGUGUGAGGAAGAUUAGCCCUGAGCUAACAUCUGUUGCCAAUCCUCCUCUUUUUGCUGAGGAAGAUUGGCCCUGGGCUAACAUCCAUUUCCAUCUUCCUCUACUUUUUCUUUUUUUUGUGUGAGGAAGAUCAGCCCUGAGCUAACAUCCAUGCCAAUCCUCCUCUUUUUGCUGAGGAACACUGGCCCUGGGCUAACAUCUGUGCCUAUCUUCCUCUACUUUAUAUGGGACACCACCACAGCAUGGCUUGACAAGCGGUGUGUCGGUGCGCGCCCAGGAUCCGAACCUGCGGACCCCGGGCUGCCCGUAGUGGAGCACAUGCACCUAACCGCUACACCACCAGGCCAGCCCAGGACUUGUAUUUUUUUCAGGUCAACAGUUUUCUCUCAUUUCCUACAUAAAAUCCUCAUUUUUCCCUACUUAGUGGUUACCAUUCCCAUCCUAUCUUCCCUUCCCAUGCCCAUGCCUCUCAUCUGAGAAGCUCCAAACUACUUAAGACUACAGAAAGAGGAAACAUUUUAGGAGGGAGUUGGGGGCUCCACUGUUGCCAGCAUGAUGUGAGGUCCCCUUGAAAGAGCAGCCAUGUAGGUCAAGGUGGCAAGAAGUGUGCAAUGGUUUGCUCUAGGAAUAAGGAAAUGGAACAAGGAAGUUUGUUACAAACAAACAAACACAGAGAUAUGGAGACCAGAUUGGUGCUUCCCAGAGGAGAAGGGGGCAGGAUGAAGGUGAAAGGGACACAUUUGUACAGUGACAGGUGGCAACUAGACUUGUGGUGAACAUGAUGCAUUCUAUACAGAAAUUGAAAUAUGUAUACCUGAAAUUUAUAUAAUGUUAUAAACCAAUGUGACUUCAAAAAAAUAAUAAUAAAUAAACAAGUGAGUUUUAAUUGUAAUAUAUCAGGAAGCAUGUAAUCUGGGUUCCACAAAUUAAUUUGUUUCUUUCCUUAAGUGAAAGAAGGAAUACAGUAGAAUAAGUUAAAAUAUAUUUCCACUACUGGACAAAUAUAAACUGCCACCUGGAGAGCUUUCGUCGCUGACCUCAUUGUCUUCUUAGGCUGCAAAAGAUUUUGGCAAGAAGAAAACCAAAACUAUGCUCAGCUCCAUCCAAACAUCUCGGAUUCCCAGCACUCCCUAGUCUAUUUGUGCUCUGUGCUGAAACAGCUGUGCACAAUCUAAGUGAGAAAUCCUCCAAUUUUUCCAACCUCUAAGAGUUUGUCAUACAUUGAGAUAUUCUUUCUUUUUUUUACUCUAUAAAAAGAUCACUCAAAAAUGCCCUCUUUCUCUUUUUUUUACACAUAGAUGGUAGAGUGGCAUUUUUCCCCCAAGGAAACUGUUCAUUUUUUCUGAUUACAUCAUAUAUGCUAAUUUUUAAAAAUCAAAUACAAAAAGUAUAAUGAAAAGAAACAGAAGAAGUGGAAAAGGGAGAACUGUGUUUGGAGUCCUUGUGUUGUUCUCAAAAAGGACAGAAAGUUUAGGCCUUAUAAGACGUAAAAAAAUUUAAGGGUAACUAGAAAAGCAUAGAAAUAGAAUGUGUAACUUAUAAAUCUGAAGAGAGGAAUAAUGAAAACUCAAUAAACCCAACAGAGGACAGGAAAGGAGAAAGUUGCAGGAAAAAGGUAUGAUAAAUAGAAAGCAAAAAUAAUGGCAGAAAUACAUAAAAGCAUAUCAAUAGUAACAUUAACUGCAAAUGAGUUAAACUUCACCGAAGAUGAGAAAUAAACAAUGACCUGUUAUAAUGUUUUUAGAAGCACUUGAAUCUUUUUAUAAUUUCCUUUGCAAACUAAAAGCAUCUGAUUUCCAGUGAGUUAGAGCGGACCACUGCUCACUUGUUGCCACCUUGACCUAUGCAGCUGCUCUUGCAAGUGGAUCUCCCACUAUACACGCAACACUGGAGCCCUCCACACACUUCUUGUUGUCUUAAGUACAGUUUGCAGUUUCUCAGAUGAGGGACAGGAGUAGGGGAGAGAAAUUACAGUACCAAUAUUGUAUGUUUUAUGUACUCUGUUCAAAGUUAUUUAAAUUGCUUCAUUUCUUUGCAUGUUUGUUACUGAUUUAAUACACAGGUUCUUUUUUUUCUGUU